AUGUCAACUUUGGUUGAAGGAAUAACUUUGCAAAAAUUUACGAGACCUGAAGGACCUUGUCUUUUAGUGAAUUUACCGGAAAGUUUUACGCUAUUUACCAAGAAAAAGCAACUCUUAUCAAUAACUUUUCCAGAAAUCAAUACAAAUAAUACAAUUUAUUCAUUUUCAAUAAAAGUUUUAUUCGGAUUUUGCUGGGUUUUUACGUAUGAAAACGAACUAUACUCAAUUUGUAUCGGAACUCGUUAUCCUUACGCAGUAAUAUUUUUCGACUUCUUAAAAGAUGCAAUUAAACUACUUAAAAAAGAAAUUCCAGAAGCAAGAGUUAAUAAAAUGUACGAAGUACUUAAGAAAUGGAGAUCUGAUCCAAAUUCACCAAACGUUAUUGCGCCAUUUUUAUCAGCCGAACGUAUAUAUCCUCUGGACGUAAAUUUAACUCAUUUCAUGGCUUACGAUCCAUCAGUUUUUGUUAAUGAUGAAGCCAAAAUUGAUGAUCUUUGGAACUCUUUGGUAACAGGCAAAGGAAUCUUACUGAUCGGAAAUACUCCUGAACAAGCAUCUCAAGCCGCAUAUUCUGUUCUCUCACUUAUUGCUCCUUACAAAUAUAUUGAAAUGAUUAACAUUUAUACUGGAUUAGGAGAUCCAAGAUUUCUAGACAUUAUCAACGGAUCAACAAAGUGGAAGAUUGUUGCUACAACCAAUGCAUUAGCAGCCGAUAGAUGUCAGCAAUUCAAAACUAUUAUUAAAUUGCCAGCAAGAAAUUAUAAUCCAUCGCCAGAAUUGAGGGCAAUUUUGCAAAAGAAAACGGCAAAAUUGUUUUAUAGAAUCGAAUUGCAGUUCAAUAAACGAAUUGAAGUUGAUCCUUAUUCUGAUAUCCUUGAAUAUCCACUUUCUGCUCAGCAAAUUAAUGAAAUUAUACAACACCUCAAAAUGACAACAGAAAAUUUUGAUUUAUUGCAGAAAAUGAACUUUUUCCAAGAAUGGAAGAAAUCGAUCAUAUUUAGAUCAAAAUUUAGAGAAUCAUUUUUAUCUUUUAUUCCUAAACAAGUGAUUGCAACAAAGAAUGAAGCAGAACUCAAGAAGAUUUCGAAAAUUUUAGAGUUCUUAUCUUCGAAGUAUAAAAAUGAUAUCCAUAUGAGCGCAGUGAUAUCAGAGCAUAUAAAAUUAGUCAAUAAUAGACUUCAGCCAUCCCAAUGA